AUGUCCAGUGAACGAUCUAGGAGUGUGCGCAGUUUCCUGGAUGAAAAAUUCAAACCUACUUUUGACCAGUAUGAUAUAAAAACUGGUAUCCCCUCAUCGGAUCUUAAACAAUUUCUCGGGAAGUCUCACUUGUCAGAAUCAACAGUCCACAAUAUUGUGGACUCAGCUGAUAAAGAUGGAGACCAGUUCAUUACUUACGAUGAGUUCCUGAAACAAAUUUUGUCUGAAGAUGAAAAAAUUAUCCGAAGGCUGCGUAUUCACAAACGGAUGCUCAAUCGUGUAGUUUUAGCUAUAGCUCCAGAUUGUGGACGCGAACAUCAACGAGCUGUUGCCAUUGAUUCUGGCUAUGACACCAAAGAUAUUGGUAGUUCAAAAGAAGCAGAUAUUAAUAAUUAUGUACAGGCGUAUGACUGUCGCCCUCCUCCUAUAUUUAUCCCUUUGAUAACUAUUGCUGAGAUUGCAGUUUUUAUAUACUACGUUGUUACCUAUAGAAACAAACCUGAUUCCAAUGAUUUUACAGUUUCAUCUGGUUUUCCUAUUGAUAGUAUACUUAUUUAUAACCCAACUAAACGUCACGAACUAUGGAGAUUUUUAACCUAUAUGUUUAUUCAUUAUGGUUAUAAGCACCUAGUUUUUAAUUGUUUAGUGCAAAUUGUACUUGGUCUUCUACUUGAAUUGGUUCAUAAAUUCUGGCGAGUUGGAUUAGUUUAUUUGUUAGGUGUUAUUUCAGGUUCUUUAGCUAGUUCUGUUACUGACUCGUUCUCUCUGAUGUGUGGAGCUAGUGGCGGCUGUUAUGCUCUGAUUGGCGCUCAUUUAGCCACUGUAAUAAUGAAUUGGGAUUUAAUGCAGGAGGGAUGGUUAAAUAAUCCUUUAAACUUCAUAUCAAGUGGUGUUGUCAGAUCAAUUCUAAUUAUUGUACUUGGUGGUAGUGAUACUGCACUUGCUAUAUAUGAUCGAUUUUCAAAUCCAAAUGGAAAAAUACGUGUUGGUUUCUCCGCUCAUUUUGGUGGUUUUUUAGCAGGUCUUUUAUUAGGUGUAGUUAUUUUGCGCAAUUUAAAGGUAGAAAAAUGGGAAAAAUAUUUCGUUUGUAAUUGUGUUCUAAUCUUCCUCCUAUUUGUUGUAGCAACUAUCCUAUUCAACGUAUAUUGUUACAGAAUUAAUGAAUGUCCUGCAUGUGAAUGGGAUAUUUAA